AUGCUCUUUUUCGGAGAGGGUCAACUUAGAGAAAAAAGGGGUUUGCCUUCAGCAGGGAAAGGGUCUGGGCCUUCAAUAAAGGCUAGCCUGCAGAAGACAAAAAUAGGGGAAGCAGUCGUCAAGCUCCGGGCACCGGUGUGGUGCCGGCCGAAGGCUCUCCGAUGCUUAAGUCAGCUAAGAAGGGUAACUUUUGCAGAGGGAGUGAAAGUGGGAGGUUGGUGUAGAUUUCCGAUGUGGGACUCUGUGCAAGUUGCCGCGGUGUCGGGAGUUUCGGCAGGUGCUUGGCACCUCGGAAGAGUGUCUUCCUUCGGUAGGAGAGAAGGCGUGUCUGCCUUGGUGCUAGUUGUUUUGAGACUGGAUAUGCUCGGUUGA